AUGUACGUCCUUUUUGAAACACCAGCAGGCUAUGCCCUGUUCAACAUCCUAGAUGAGGGUAAAAUUACCUCUCCAACCUCGGUCGAUGAAAUGUUCAACAAUACUUCUAAACUUCAUAAAAAUAUCAAACUCAAAUCCUUUGAAAACUUCAAAGAUACCAAUGAGGCUCUCAAAGCAGCUACAGCUAUUGUUGAAUCAAAAUUGGAUAAAAAGUUGAAAAAGUUCCUCAAAAAGCAACUCUCUGAAGCUGAAUCAGCAAAAUUGGCAGUGUGUGAUAAAUCACUUGGAGCAGCCAUUAAAAACAAACUUGGCAUUCAAUGUAUUUGUGAUGACUCUGUCGUUGCAUUGAUGAGAGGUAUUCGUAACAACUUGAGUAAUCUUUUAGGAGAUGUUGCCACAGAAAAGGAUUUACAAAGUAUGGCUUUGGGUCUUUCUCACUCACUCUCUCGCUACAAACUCAAAUUCUCACCAGAUAAGAUUGAUACAAUGAUCGUUCAGGCCAUUUCAUUGUUGGAUGAUAUUGAUAAAGAAUUGAAUAUUUAUGUGAUGAGAGUUAAGGAAUGGUAUGGAUGGCAUUUCCCUGAACUUUCAAAGAUUUUGCGUGAUAAUAAUGCUUAUAUUAAGACUGUUUUAACACUUCAAAAUAGAAACAAUGCUCAAACGGCACCAUUGACAGAUGUGUUACCAGAAGAUUUGGCAAAUGAAGUUAAGGAAGCAGCUAUCGUUUCUAUGGGUACUGAAAUUUCACAAGAUGACAUUCUUCACAUUUCUAAAUUGGCUGAAGAAGUAGAAAGUAUUACAGCAUACAGAGCAGCUCUCUUUGAUUAUUUGAAAAAUAGAAUGCAAGCUAUUGCACCAAACUUGACACACUUGGUUGGAGAAUUGGUUGGAGCUCGUCUAAUUGCUCAUGCAGGUUCAUUGAUGAAUUUGGCAAAACAUCCAGCAAGUACUGUUCAAAUUUUGGGUGCUGAGAAGGCAUUCUUUAGAGCUUUGAAGUCUCGUCACAACACACCCAAGUAUGGUUUGCUCUAUCAUGCCUCCUUGAUUGGUCAAGCUCCACAAAAGUACAAGGGUAAAAUUGCAAGAGUGUUAGCAGCUAAAUGUGCCAUUUCAUCCCGUGUGGAUGCUAUGGGUGAAAAGGAACAAGCCACCAUUGGAAUUGACUCGAGAGAAUCUGUUGAGAAACGUUUGCGUGAAUUGGAGAAGUAUAACAAUGGCUCAAGUGCUGCUUUCACGAAGGGACAAAAACAAACUGAUUCUUCUCAACAACAUCGUUCAAAGGAUCACCGUGGCAAAGUGAAGGGUGCCAAUGCCAAGUACGAUGAAAGUGCUGAUGCUUCUACCCAACCAAAGAGAAAGAGAGAUGAUUUUAGCAAUGAUAAGAAGGAUAAGAAGAAGAAGUUCUAA